AUGGAGUCCUCCCUGGUCCCCUCCAUUGCGGUCAUUACCUCGUCGCGAGCCGUCAUCUCCGGCCGUCUGACAUCGGCCACCAUCGUUGUAUCGCGCUCCACGGGCAAGAUCACCGCUGUCUUUGACUCCGUCAUUCCGGCCUCCGACUUCCCCGAGGGCACUCCCUACAUCGAUUAUUCGCCACAUGUAUUGCUUCCCGGUCUCGUCGACGCUCAUGUCCAUCUUAAUGAGCCGGGCCGCACCGAAUGGGAAGGGUUCUUUACCGGAACCCAAGCUGCCGCCUUCGGGGGGGUCACCACUGUCAUUGAUAUGCCACUCAAUGCCAUUCCCCCGACCACCACUGUAGCCGGCCUGAAGGAGAAAAUCCAGGCCGCUCAGGGUAAGUGCUGGGUCGAUGUCGGUUUCUAUGGUGGUAUCAUCCCCGGCAAUACCGGCGAAUUGAAGGAGCUCGUCAACCAGGGCGUCCGCGGCUUCAAGGGCUUCCUGAUCGACAGUGGGGUGGAUGAAUUCCCCGCUGUCUCCUCGGAAGACAUCCGAAAGGCCAUGUCCGAAUUGGCCGACGAACCCACGACGCUCAUGUUCCACGCCGAGAUGGUUCCCCCCAUCACGGCGUCCGACUCGGAUGCGAUGCAAACCCCCCAAGGCCCCGUGGAAGCCUACUCCACCUUCCUGGCCUCGCGCCCCUCCUCGUAUGAGACCUGUGCCGUAGAAGAGAUCCUCUCCCUCGCGCCUCUGGCCCCGAAGCUACCCCUGCAUAUCGUCCACCUGUCCGCCAUGGAGGCCAUUCCACUAUUGCGCCGUGCCCGUGCCCAAGGCAUCCCCAUCACGGCCGAGACUUGCUUCCACUACCUCUCCCUGGCAGCCGAGGAGAUCUGCGACGGCGACACCCGUCACAAAUGUUGUCCGCCGAUUCGCUCCCAGCUUAACCAGGACAGUCUCUGGGCCGAAUUGGAACGCCACGCAGAGGACGGCGCCAUCAAGACCGUCGUAUCCGACCACUCGCCCUGCACCCCGGGUCUCAAACUCCUCCCGUCCCACAUCCCCGGCCACCAGCAGACCACCACUGCCACCGUCAAGAAAGACAAAAACCAAGGCAGCUUCAUGUCCGCCUGGGGCGGCAUCUCCUCCGUGGGUCUGGGUCUUCCCAUCCUAUGGACCGAGCUCAGUCGUCGAAAGGGCUUGACCUCAUCCCCCGAUGACACCAACACCAAGCGCGCCCUGCAGGAUAUCGUGCGACUCUGUUGCGCCAACACAGCUGCUCAGGUGGGUCUGGAGCGUCAGAAAGGCGAUCUAGUCCCGGGUUUCGAUGCAGAUAUCUGCGUCUUCGACGAUACCGCCGAGUGGGUCGUCGAGCCUAGCACCAUGCUCUUCCGAAACAAGUGCUCGCCCUACCAGGGUCGUACCCUGCGCGGCCAGGUGCGCGAGACAUGGCUGCGCGGUGAGAAGAUUUUCACUCGAAAUUCCGGGUUCGGUAGCAAAACUCCCACUGGUACUCUGCUCCUAGAAAAACGGGUUUGA